GCUGAAAAGGGGGGGGAGGGGGGAGAGAGAGAAGUGAGGUGAAGACCGAGAAGGCCUCGGAGAGCCCCCCAAUCCCGCGCCGAGGCGGCGGCGGCGGCGGCGCGACGAAGAGGAUGAUGAACACAUUGCAAAGUUUUUUUGGCCCCGGCGAGGGGUGUCAGAUUGAGUGCUCUGUGCGCAUGUGCGAAGGUGUCCAAACUGACAAUGCUAGGGAGAUGAAGAUAGUGUGUAGCUGCUUCUGGGCUCAAGGAGGAGGAGAGAGAUUCCGCGAGCCGACACCAUGCGAUCCAAGGCGAGGGCGAGGAAGCUAGCCAAAAGUGACGGUGACGUUGUAAAUAAUAUGUAUGAACCUGACCCGGACCUGCUGGCCGGCCAGAGUGCUGAGGAGGAGACCGAGGACGGCAUCCUGUCCCCCAUCCCCAUGGGGCCGCCGUCCCCCUUCCCUACCAGCGAGGACUUCACUCCCAAGGAGGGCUCGCCCUAUGAGGCUCCUGUCUACAUUCCUGAAGACAUUCCAAUCCCACCAGACUUCGAGCUGCGAGAGUCCUCCAUACCAGGAGCUGGCCUGGGGAUCUGGGCCAAGCGGAAGAUGGAAAUCGGGGAGAGGUUUGGCCCCUACAUGGUGACGCCCCGGGCCGCACUGAAGGAGGCUGACUUUGGAUGGGAGCAGAUGCUGACGGAUACAGAGGUGUCAUCCCAGGAGAGCUGCAUCAAAAAGCAGAUCUCUGAAGACUUGGGUAGCGAGAAGUUCUGCGUGAAUGCCGAUCAGACGGGGUCUGGCAGCUGGCUCAAGUACAUCCGUGUAGCGUGUUCCUGUGAUGACCAAAACCUCGCCAUGUGUCAGAUCAAUGAACAGAUUUACUAUAAAGUCAUUAAGGACAUCGAGCCUGGAGAGGAGCUGUUGGUGCAUGUGAAAGAAGGUGCCUACUCCUUGAGUGUCAUGGCCCCCAGCCUGGAUGAGGACCCCACAUUCCGCUGUGACGAGUGUGACGAGCUCUUCCAGUGCAGGCUGGACCUGAGGCGCCACAAGAAGUACGCGUGCAGCUCUGCAGGGGCCCCGCUCUACGAGGGCCUAGGGGAGGAGCUCAAGCCCGAGGGCCUUGGCGUGGGCAGCGAUGGGCAAGCGCAUGAGUGCAAGGACUGCGAGCGGAUGUUCCCCAACAAGUACAGCUUGGAGCAACACAUGAUCGUCCACACGGAAGAGCGUGAGUACAAAUGUGACCAGUGUCCCAAGGCCUUCAACUGGAAGUCCAACCUCAUCCGCCACCAGAUGUCUCACGACAGCGGCAAGCGCUUCGAAUGUGAAAACUGUGUCAAGGUGUUCACGGACCCCAGCAACCUCCAGCGUCACAUCCGCUCACAGCAUGUUGGUGCCCGGGCCCAUGCCUGCCCUGACUGCGGCAAGACCUUCGCCACAUCCUCUGGCCUCAAACAGCACAAACAUAUCCACAGCACGGUGAAGCCAUUCAUAUGUGAGGUCUGCCACAAGUCCUACACACAGUUCUCCAACCUGUGCCGGCACAAGCGGAUGCACGCCGACUGCAGGACGCAGAUCAAGUGCAAGGACUGUGGGCAGAUGUUCAGUACUACCUCCUCCCUCAACAAGCAUCGGAGAUUCUGCGAGGGCAAGAACCAUUACACGCCGGGUGGCAUCUUCACCCCAGGCCUGCCCUUGACCCCCAGCCCCAUGAUGGACAAGACAAAACCCUCCCCGACCCUCAACCACGGGGGUCUAGGCUUCAGCGAGUUCUUCCCCUCCAGACCUCAUCCUGGGAGCCUGCCCUUCUCGGCUGCCCCUCCGGCCUUCCCCGCACUCACUCCAGGCUUCCCGGGCAUCUUUCCUCCAUCCCUGUACCCACGACCACCUCUGCUACCUCCCACGCCACUGCUCAAGAGCCCCCUGAACCAUGCGCAGGACGCCAAGCUACCCAGCCCGCUGGGAAACCCAGCCCUGCCCCUCGUCUCCGCGGUCAGCAAUAGCAGCCAGGGCGCCACAGCGGCCACCGGGCCAGAGGAGAAAUUCGAUGGCCGCUUGGAAGACACGUAUGCGGAGAAGGUGAAAAACAGGAGCCCUGACAUGUCAGAUGGCAGUGACUUUGAGGAUAUCAACACCACGACGGGGACAGACUUGGACACCACCACGGGCACAGGGUCGGACCUGGACAGCGACCUGGACAGUGACAGAGACAAAGGCAAGGAUAAGGGGAAGCCAGCGGAGAGCAAACCUGAGUUUGGGGGUGCAUCGGUGCCCCCCGGGGCCAUGAACAGUGUGGCCGAGGUACCAGGCUUCUACUCACAGCAUUCCUUCUUCCCGCCACCCGAGGAACAGCUGCUGACGGCCUCGGGAGCCGCCGGCGACUCCAUCAAGGCCAUCGCGUCCAUCGCAGAGAAAUACUUUGGUCCCGGUUUCAUGAGCAUGCAGGAGAAGAAGUUGGGCUCACUACCCUACCACUCCGUGUUCCCCUUCCAGUUCCUGCCUAACUUCCCCCACUCCCUCUACCCCUUUACGGACCGAGCCCUCGCCCACAACUUGCUGGUCAAGGCUGAGCCAAAGUCACCCCGGGAUGCCCUCAAGGUGGGCGGCCCCAGUGCGGAGUGCCCCUUUGACCUCACCACCAAACCAAAAGAGGCCAAACCCGCCCUGCUCGCACCCAAGGUCCCCCUCGUCCCCUCAUCUGGCGAGGAACAGCCGCUGGACCUGAGCAUCGGCAGCAGAGCCAGGGCGAGCCAGAACGGAGGCAGCCGUGAACCGCGGAAGAACCACAUCUACGGUGAACGGAAGCCGGGGGUCGGCGAGGGGCUGCCUAAGGUGUGCCCAGCACAGUUGCCCCAGCAGCCCUCCCUGCAUUACGCUAAGCCUUCACCGUUCUUCAUGGAUCCCAUCUACAGCAGGGUAGAAAAGCGGAAGGUGGCAGACCCUGUGGGAGUCCUGAAAGAGAAGUACCUGAGGCCGUCCCCACUUCUGUUCCACCCCCAGAUGUCAGCCAUAGAAACCAUGACGGAGAAGCUGGAGAGCUUUGCAGCCAUGAAGGCCGACUCAGGCAGCUCCCUGCAGCCCCUGCCUCACCACCCCUUCAACUUCCGCUCCCCACCCCCAACGCUCUCGGAUCCCAUCCUCAGGAAGGGGAAGGAGAGAUACACGUGCAGGUACUGUGGCAAGAUCUUCCCCAGAUCUGCAAAUCUCACAAGACAUCUGAGGACACACACGGGGGAACAGCCAUACAGGUGCAAGUACUGUGACCGGUCAUUCAGCAUCUCCUCCAACCUCCAGCGGCACGUGAGGAACAUCCACAACAAAGAGAAGCCGUUCAAGUGCCAUCUGUGCAACCGCUGCUUCGGGCAGCAGACCAACCUAGACCGGCACCUGAAGAAGCAUGAACACGAGGGUGCACCAGUGAGCCAGCACUCCGGGGUGCUCACGAACCACCUGGGCACCAGCGCCUCCUCCCCCACCUCCGAGUCGGACAACCAUGCACUUUUAGAUGAGAAGGAAGAUUCUUACUUCUCCGAGAUCCGAAACUUCAUCGCCAACAGCGAGAUGAACCAGGCGUCCACUCGAAUGGACAAACGGUCUGAGAUCCAAGACCUGGACAGCAACCCACCAUGUCCAGGCUCAGCCAGUGCAAAGCAGGAGGACGUAGAGGAGGAGGAAGAGGAGGAGCUGGAGGAAGAGGAUGAUGACAGCUUAGCCGGGAAGUCACAGGAGGACACGGUGUCCCCCACACCUGAGCCCCAAGGAGUCUAUGAAGAUGAAGAGGAUGAGGAACCACCCAGCCUGACCAUGGGCUUUGACCAUACCCGGAGGUGUGUUGAGGAGCGAGGAGGCGGCCUGUUAGCUUUGGAGCCGACGCCGACCUUUGGGAAGGGGCUGGAUCUCCGCAGAGCAGCUGAGGAAGCAUUUGAAGUUAAAGAUGUGCUUAAUUCCACCUUAGAUUCUGAGGUUUUAAAACAAACCCUGUACAGGCAGGCUAAGAACCAGGCAUAUGCAAUGAUGCUGUCCCUCUCUGAAGACACUCCUCUCCACGCCCCCUCCCAGAGCUCACUGGAUGCUUGGUUGAACAUCACAGGACCCUCGUCAGAGUCCGGAGCCUUUAACCCCAUCAACCACCUCUGAGGUCCUGGAGGCCCCAGGGCCAGAGUCCAAAGCCAGGGUACCAGCUGCGGGAGAUGGAGAAGGGGCCAGGGAGCAGCCCCCACCCCCCGACACCUUCACUUUGCCUCGACUGUGCUUCCAGCCCCAGCCGCCAUGGCUCAAAGUCCAGCUUCUCCAAUGAAACUCAGAACCCAAAGGCCCCUCGAGUAGCCGCCGGCCUUCAUCACCUCUCAGAACUGGCCUCAAGGACACGAUCUGCAGUGGGUGCGGUGCAUGGCCACCCAGGAGCUGCUCACAGGAGCCAUGGAUCAGAAAACUCGUGGGCAAGGGUGGAGUCUCUAUCCCAGCAGGAGCCAGUUGGCCACAUCCGGGCAACUGCAUGGUGUGAAAGAGGAAAUCGGAAAGACGUGGGCAAGUGCUAUGGAGAGAGAGAGACCUCGUGAAUGAUUUUUAUAACGAGAAUCACAUGAUUAACCCUUUUGGUAAUCUUGUUGACUAUAGAGUCUAUUUAAGCAUGUGGGUUUUAAAAAAAAAUAGACAGUAUUUUUUAAAAAUCAAAAAAAAAAAAAAAAAAGACUUGCAAAAUGUUUUUUAAAAGUAAUUUUGCAUUGCUUUGGAAUUUCAGCUUAUUGGCAAACCCACACCUGCCGGGACAUCGAGCGCGGCUCGGGUGUGCCCUUUAUAAUGUAGAUAAUGGAGAUUUUUUUUUUUCUAUCUCUGACGUGUUUGUAUAAGCCAAGGUGAUUCCAGUGUGCCCGACACGGGAUAAGGGGCAUGGAGCCACUCUGCUAAGUCAGAGGCUGACUACACAAGAAUUCUUGGACAUGGUGCCUGGCUGCAGGUUUGCGGAGGGAGGCCAGGAGAGAGAGGUCCCCUUGCCCUGUGUGCUCUGCAGAGGAAUCCACGGGUCCCACCCAAGACCCCCCCAAUUGUAUGGGGAAGUCGGGAGCCAGUGGCUCAGGUCUUCCAUGCUGGACACCUGAGGGUCUUUCCCUUCAGUGGCCGCAGCGCUGGCCUUGACUGCUACUCUUCUGAAGGCAGGGCUCUGGGCCAUGUGGAGGCCUCCAGCCUUCUACCCUCCCCAACCCUGGCAGUCUGAUGCCCGCCCUGCAGCCACUGAGUGUGGGAAGCCUGUCCACCUGCUCCUCCACUCCAGGACACCAAGCACUACCUGUGCCUAAGACUCCAGAUCAACCACGCAGUCGCCACUUCUGCUCUUUGUGUGGGUUCCUGGUGAGGUGAGGAUGGGAACAGAAGGAAGAUCCAGGGGACCUGCCACAGCAAAGAACAGAGACAGUACAGACCCCAAGACUGGAUGCCUCACUCCUUUGGGACGGUCGGAACGUGUCUACUUCUCUGCUUUGAUGGGCUUUAAAUUAUCCCAUAGGGGCCAAUUUCAAAUAAUUUCUUUUCCUGAUGGAAUUUACCUUAAUCUGUAUAUAACUUGUAAUUUUUUUCUAAUUCGUUUCUUUCCUUAUUUUAUUUCUUCCUUAACAGUAUUUUUUUGUCAUUGGACAACUUAUUCUGAAGAAAUGAUGUUAAUAUAAGUAUGUAGUGAAGGACCAAAACCGUGUGAUAAGGUUGUGUGCUGUGUGAUCGGUACCCAGGGAGCGGGGCGGUUGUUAAUGUGCCAAAUACCCCUGUGUCCCUCCCUCCAGGAGUUCCACGGUCACCACUGCCCACUUACCAGACAAUCAUAUGAUUUUGUUAAAUUUGAGUUUCAGUUACAUUUUAAGACAAGUGUUCUAUUUAUUUUAUUGUUUGGAAGGAGGAAAAAAAAAAGGCAUAUCCCAACAAGAUAAGAGGGGACAGAGACCGCCUGGGUUGUCAUUCAAAACUACAAGAGAUGUGUCAGCGUCCGCAAACUCGGAGCAUGCGUGUCACGCCACGGGCCCGUCAGUUGUUCUCUCUGGGAGCAACUUAAGCAUCCAAACACUGAUGUUUUAUAUUUGCUAAGGCUGUUCUGGGAUCCAUGACGGGGCUAGCCCAGAAGACACCAUUCCCCUGCAGGUCGCGGUGAAUCUCAGUGACACAGCACGGAACGGUCCUGUGUCGUGCUCAGAAGCACACGCUCAUGUGCACACUGGACGGCCUGAGGCAGCAGGGACACUCUGCAGAGGAACUUGCCAUGGUCCAGUGGUAAGGAUUUGUAGGUCUAACUGCUCACGCUUCUCACGGGUUUGUGACAUCAUCUCCAUGGCGGGCCGGGCUGGGCCUCGGCUUGAGAAUUCCAGUUUCCUCUAGGUGGGAGCUAGUCCUGUGUAAGUAAGUUCAACCUCAGAUAUACAUGCCCCACUUUUGUAAACCCCAAAUUAUAUGCUUUCUUCUCAGAAAGAGCAAGGUGUGUGCUUUUUUUUCCGCGGUGUGAAUUUCUCUCUCCAGGACGGGGAGUCUAUCUGGAUGGGGACCUCUGUGGACCUUUUUGACAGCAGCAGAGCAGCUAAAGGUUCCCUUCUCAUCCUCUGGCACACCCAACCCCUGUCCACCUCUAACCCAAGAGUCUCAGCUGUGUUGAGUUAAAUGCUUUGCCCCGGACAAAGUGAUGAUUCCAAACUCAGGUUCUCCUGGACAGUCAUCCCCUUGGGCCCAGCACUUGGAAUUUGAUGGACUCCGUCCUUGCUUGCCACCCCUAACAAAGACAGCACUUGAUUUUCUGCACUGAGUUCUAGACAUUCUGCCUCUACUCUGCAUUGCCCUCAACCAGUGAGCUCUGCCCACCUGGUGUCUCUGCAGUCUUAACAGUGCCCAGCUGGCUCAAGCAAGCAUCAGAUCAGGUACAGGAGACCCUCUCAGGGUCAGGGAGCUGGACCAGGUGUGAGUUCAAAGGUCUUGGCCACUGGAGAACCAGACCAUUAACUUGGCUCUCUUGCCUGUUGCUGCGCAGGACAGAGAGGCAGGGCAGAUGUUCAGCCACGAUUGUUUCCCAAUGAUACUUUCCAUUGUUUUGCACUUGCCUCCCCAAAUAGAAAUUCAUCGGGAGGCCGCCUAGCUUGCAUUCCCUUCAGCCCCAGGCAAGGCCACACUUAGGCCCUGUCAUUGCUGCCACACCUAGGAUGAUCGGGUAGGAAACGCGGGGCUUCACUGUCCUGCAGGAAGGUAGAUCCUGCAUGAGUGCAAACCCAGGGUGUAAGCCUCAGUAAUGGGCGAGCACAACAUGGCCAAGCCUGUGGGGCCCUACUCUCCAAGGCCGGGGAGAGCAGGUGAUCUACCCGGACCCAGACCGACCUGGUCCCUCUGCCUCCCAGGGUCCAGACCCAGAGCUCUUGGCUUCCUCUCCCUCAUCUGCCUCCACAGUGAGUGUUUGUGAAGCACUUGCUUAAAUACAUAUCACGCGUUUUAGACUCGAAGCUCAAAGCACUGGAUCAUGGUCCCUGUCCCUGCCCAAGUGACUGAGACCUACUGAGCUCUUCACUGUGCCGUUCAAGGUAGGGAAAAAAAGGCCUCCGUGCUGUUGCUGGGACAGGAGGGUGGGGAGGCCUGAGACAGACAGCGCUCCCUCCUGCCGGUGGACACUGGGACACCCCUGUCCACGGAGAUCAGCCGGGUAUCGAAAGCCAUGAAAACUGUCCCUAGCCCUGAGCGAUACUGUGACAAGACAUUCUUGAAUUCUCCCCAGACAAGGUCACUUCCCCCACCAUUCCAGCCAUUGUCUGUCUGUCACCAAUUCACAUCCUCACUUCUAGGAGGGGAAAGGUUGAGUCUCUAGAUGUGCGAUCGACCCCCUUGCAACUGGGGGAAGCUGGGGGUUUCCUCAGUGCCUCCCACAGCGCAGCUACUCUCUUCAGUGUGGGGGAAGGGGGGCCCUGGUGUCAGAAUACGUAACUUAAAGCCUGUGCGUGUGGGGGUGCGUGAUGUGUGUGUGUGUGCAUGUAUGUGUGGUGUAUGCGUGUGCAUGUGUGCUGUGUGUAUAUACUUUGAACCAAUAGUAUAUAAAUAUAAAUAUAAAUAUAUAUAUAUAUCCCUGACACCCGUGAGAAUCUCCACCCCGUAUGAGAGUUGCCAUUGUUACAUUCAGAUCGGAUUCAGUUUGUUUCUGUUUCUGUUUCUGUUUCUGUUUUUGUUGUUGUUGGUUUUUUUUUUCUUUUAGAACUAUAUAGUGUUGAGAAAGGAAUCAAAUGUAAACGUCUGGUUUCCAUAUAACGCUAAAAAAGAAAAUUAAAAAACCAUUAAGGAGGGGGCUGGUGUCUGCCCUGCCCCCUUCCCUGUAAAUUGCUGUUGUGUUGAUAAAGCUGUGCAUGGCUCGUGUUUAGCGGUCAUUAUUGUGUCUGUUUGUGAAAUUCUUAUGAUGAGGAAAAUCCCGUAGAUGCACUUAUUGAAUAUGUGAUUAGGUCUAAGUCAAGGUCAGGAGUCCCAAAAUGCCCACAAGAAAAAGAUAAAAAGAAAAAAAAAAAUGGACCACAGUUCCUGGUGACUAUGGAAAUCGCCGUGAGAGAAUCGUGAAUCGAGAAGACGCGGCUUGAGAAUAGUCGAAUGUGAUUUUUUUUUUUUUUUUUUUGCAGAUCUCAUUCUGAGGCUUAUGGCAAAGACAAAUGUACUUGUGUAGAGGUUUCUGUGAGGUAAAAGCCAGGAGGGCCUGGCUUUGAGGUCAAUGCUGUAGAAUAGGACUGACUGGAUACCAAAUGUAAUCUUUCCAAUGCUACAAUGAAUUUAUACACAAGA